AGCACUUCCUGGAUUGGGAGAAUCGCCUCGGCGCGCGCACCAGGUCCCGUCAGUGGCAGACGCGCUCCGGGACCUUUUUCCGCUGCGGUUCAUUUCACUGCAUUGGCACUGGACAGCGUGCAUGUGAUUUAUUAUUAUUAUUAUUAUUACUACUCUCAUUAUUUUAGAUAAACACGAUUAUCGGAGACGCGCGCGCUUCCGAUUCCGUCGUGCGUUUCGUUCUUACGUUUAUUCGGGACAUUUGCGGCUCAUUCUAACAGGUGGUGAGCGAUUUCAGGUGGAGCUCAGCUCAGGAGGAAGAGGGUGUCCAUGCUACUCGCGUUAGUUCACCGUCGAACGGUUUUUGCCGAACAAAGACUUUGACAGCAAACAUCUUGUUCAUUUUUUUAUUCUCGGAUUGUCCCAGUUGCACCCAUCCGAGCGUCCAGGUAAUUAUCUACUGAGGAUCUGGGCUACAGAAUACAGUGGGGGUGCAGUAAUACCUAUAGACGGUGUGGGGUUUUUUUAGGGGGUUGGACUGCUAGAAAAGCAGCCCCCCCUUCUUUCUGCUCCUCCAAGGAGAACCCAGCACUGAUAUCUGGUUCCUUUUUUUCCCCUGUGGGACAAGAGGAGAAACGGCUCAGCAAACAGGUGCGAGGACGGACACACACGCUUACACACACACACUCUCGGUUCAUUGUUUAAACGGGAUACACCUAUCCGCUGCAGGUCCGAGUGCACUACCUCGAUGUUUUUCACCCACGGGCAGAUAAACUAGGGCGCGUAAUAUAGAUUUGGACACAGCUCCUUGUCGAAGUCCCAUCCAAACGACCCGGGGGGAGCAAGAAGACGAGUAUUGGACAGAUCGUAAGAGAGACCUCCCCCCCCCCACACACACACACCAGGAGGGAUGUCAGGCAGGAAGCACAACGCGAAUUCAUCGAAAAGGAGCCCGGUACCGUCCGAAACUGAUAUGUUCGGAGAAUUUCAGGACUGGUGCCUCCGCACUUACGGCGACUCGGCCAAGACAAAGACCGUGACCCGGCGCAAAUACGACCGAAUCCUCCAGGCGCUGUCUCUGGCCGAGGACUCGGACGCGGAUGGCAGCCACAUCAACGCCAAAUUUAAGUUCUGGGUUAAAACCAAAGGCUUCCAAGUCGAGAACGGCGAUAGCCAGAGAGACCGAAAUGGAAAACCCGACCGGCCCGUGCUCUACGUCCCCAUAAAGGCAACGUGUGUGGACAGUGCUGCCGGACAGGAGAUCUCAUCUUUAAAGAGAGUUGCAGUGGUGGAGGAUUUCUACGACAUCAUUUACGCCAUGCAUGUGGAGAUCAGCUCUGACCCAGCCAAAGCACCCAAACAUGCUGGACAGAAGAAAACCUACAAAGCGAUAGCAGAGACGUAUGCGUUUCUGCCUAGAGAAGCAGUGACCCGAUUCCUGAUGGGCUGUGGAGAGUGUCAGAAGAGGAUGCACAUCAGCCCAAGUGGAGCCGAGUGCAAGGAAAAUGACCGGCCUGCCUCUCUGGUCCCAGACCUCAUCGACUACAACAUGCCUUUGACCACCACCUACCUGAAACAGAUGAAACUGCAGUGCAUUAACAACAAUGAGCAGGAUGAGAGUUCAGUGAGCAGUGAGGAGUUUGAUAUGAGUGACCCCACAUGGAUUUCAACUGAGCACCAUAGCACACUCUCGGACCUGAACCCAGCCAAAAAUAUGCUCAGCCCUCAAAACACACACAAAGAGGAUGACGAUGACUCUUCCUCAGAAAGUGGGAGUGGCAACGGCAUCCACAGCAUGACCCCUCCAUCUAUGGGUGUGGUUUCUGUGAGUGAAGGUGCAGUGGCCGGACCAGUGACCGGGUCGUAUAGUCAGGUUAAUGGAAAUAGGACAGCUGUGCCACUGGACUUCAGCACGACUUCAUCCUCGUCUUCAGAAGAACAGCAGACAGUAAACCUGAGGGAGCGAAUGAGUCAGGCCCUGCCCACUGCUGCAGCUAUGCUAGCUACGUUCAACCCAGAGCACUCAGAGGAGUUUCGCCGAAAAUAUCACAAACCUCCACUGGCCUCCGAGCUGCGCCUCGAACGAGAAAUCAGGGACUUUGCCAACAAGUCUCCUCAGUAUGGUGCAGGAAGCUAUGACUCCAUAAAAAUGGAAAUGUGUGCCGAGGACCUGACGGUCAGUCGCUCUCAGGCUGCCGAUGACGACGAUGACGAUCACGAUGACCAUGACGACAGUGACAAGAUUAAUGACACCGAGGGAGUGGACCCAGAGAGGCUGAAGGCAUUUAAUAUGUUUGUCCGGCUGUUUGUCGACGAGAACCUGGACCGCAUGGUGCCCAUCUCCAAGCAGCCGAAAGAGAAGAUACAGGCCAUCAUUGAAUCCUGCAGUCGCCAGUUCCCGGAGUUCCAGGAGCGUGCACGCAAGCGUAUCCGCACCUACCUCAAAUCAUGCCGGCGCAUGAAGAAGAACGGCAUGGAGACCCGGCCCACGCCACCACACUUGACCUCAGCAAUGGCAGAGAACAUUUUAGCUGCUGCUUGUGAGAGUGAGACAAGAAACGCUGCCAAGAGGAUGCGGAUGGACGUCUACCAAACACACGAGGAUCAGAUAGCUCUGGAGAAGGCUGUCUCUCGUGAGCCGGUGCCUCUGACCCACUCUGCGUAUUCUCUGGCAGCUUCGGCGUACUCCCAGGACCAGCUGUACAUCAACGGAGGCCUUGGCUAUAACUACCGUGCUUUCGCUGGCCUGGCAGGUAGCAUGCAGCACUCUGUUUCUCUCACUACCCCUGCUGCCCAGACCAACGGACCUACCGAUCUGAGUAUGAAGUCUCUGGCUUCAAACUCCUCUACGUCAAGCACCAAUAGUCUCGGGAGGAACGGAGGAGGAGGAGGGACCUCUGCUCAGCUUAGCCAUACGGAAGUCACAGCAGUGCGUCAGCUGAUCGCGGGUUACCGCGAAUCUGCAGCUUUCUUACUUCGCUCGGCUGAUGAGCUGGAAAGCCUCAUACUACAACAGAACUGACCUAUACACUUUCCCUCCUUUCUCAAUGCCACUUUCUCUCAGUCUGCCUUCAUCUUUUACUCUCGCACCAUCACGUCAGGUCUCUAUUUCUUAGCCUCAUUCUCUUUAUGCCUUCAUCUUCAUCCUCAGAGGCGUACACACGUGAAGAUAUCAGGAGAGAGACAGUAAGCUGUCACAUCCUGAUCACCUGCGCAGUGAAACACAAGAAGGGGACUGAUGAAGACGGGAGCAUACUGAUGAAGAAAACACUGUUUCUAUAGGUGGCUGGCCUUGUGAAUCAUAAACCUCUCCACCUCCAUGCCCUUAAACCCAUUUACUAAAACUCCUAAUUUUUCCCUUUAUACGGUUUGCUUCAAGAGCCACUAAUUUGUUGGUUUUUGUUCUUUUUUUUUUUUAAUCUACUUUUCAGCAGGAGGCAUUAUGUAGUGCCAGUACUCCUGUUUAUUACUAAAUGAAGAUACAUUUGAGUUGAAUUGAAGGAAGAUACCUGAAAAAAAGUAAAAGAGAAAACAAAACGAAAAAAAAAAAAGACAAAAACAAAAAAAAGACCUUCACAUUUGCUGUACAUAAAUGCGCUCUGUUCUAAAGCACUUUUCUUUCCCCCCCCCACUCGAUCUGACCUCUGCUCCCUAACACUGCUUUUGCUGUAGGGAGAAAAUUGUGUAACUUAUGCAUACAAAUACAGGUGGAGUUCACCUGGAAAUACCUCAGCCUGUCCAAAUCCUUAUCUGUUAUCUGUGUGGAGGAGAGGAACCUCUCCUUCUACCACUACCUUAUGUGUUCAGUGCCUCUCCAGGAUCUAAAAGAGGGCAUGCAUAUGGGACAUGAGCUUGGUUUGUUUCUAUAGUUAUUUAUUUGAUUUUUGUUGCUUCUAUAAUAUAAUGUACAUAUUAAGUCCAUCAGAAAGUAUUGAUUACAGAACUACACUAAAAUGAAAUACACUGGAACUGAA